CAAUUCGCCGCCCAACUACUCUUCUCACAUCAUCAUGAACGAGAAAUUCACCCCGCCCGCAGGUUACGCCCUCCCUCCCGGCUACGGGCAGCAACCGCAGUACGGUGCGCCUUACGACGCGUCGCAGCAGUACUCCCAGUAUCCUCAGCAGCAGCCCCAGCCCUACUACCAGCCCCCGCCGGGCCAGAUGGCGCAGUAUGCCCCGCCGCAGGGGCAGGGGGGCGGCGCGGCGCAGUCGUACUACCAGUCAUAUCCCCCACAGCAGCAGCAGCAGCAGUAUCAGCAGCAGCAGCCGUAUCAGCCGCCUGCCCCGGCGCCUGCGCCCGCGCCUGCGCCGGAUCACAGCAAUAACAACAACAACAACACCCCACCCAAGCAGCACGGAAAAGUCGGCAAGAUCUUCAAGAAGAUCGGCGACGGCAUCGUUCGCGGCUUCGGCUGGGGCCUUGGCAUGCGCCUUGCGAACGAGCUCGUCAAUGCCUGCUGCCGCGCAUGCUAAACUGUAUCACCUAUUUGUAGCGAUUCACGAGA